GAGAUGUGAGACAUAAUUGAUGUACGACUGGAUGUGUUAACCAUUUGAAAGACAUUGAAAGCAAUCGCUGUUAUUAUUGAAGAGUUGUAUUAACAGGUUUAGAGUCGGCUGAAGACAAUGGCAUCACCUCUGGAACAGUUUGUGGUGACGGUUCGCAACUACUCAUCACAAGGCAGUUUUGAUCAGUUGUCUGAGUAUAUCGUGAAGAAUAGCGACAUCUUAAGCAAGAAUAGCGUCCAUUUAGAGGAUGUGAUGCAGACAUUGGAUCUUCAGGAACACAGUCUCGGAAUAAUGGCUAUUCUAUGCGCGAAACUGAAUCUCCCGAACGUCGAGAACGAGUCGCUCUUUCUUCAGAUCCAAGAGUUCAUCGCCGGCUGUAAUGGCGAACAGAUCCGCGCCUCACCUGAAACUUUCGCCUCUUUAUGUCAUCUCUUGACACAAAGACUUGUGGAUCAAAGACAAGCGAUUAGAGGAAUAGAGGUGUUGAGUAAUGCCAUAACGAAAGUCCAGUUGCAUAGCUCUCAGUUGACCUCAAUUCACGCCGAUAUCUGUCAGCUCUGCCUUUUGGCCAAAUGUCUCAAACCUGCGCUCCAUUUCCUGGACAUCGAUAUCACCGAAAUCAGUAAAGAGAAUGGUCACUACGACGUGAAGUACUUCCUAUUGUACUACUAUUACGGGGGAAUCAUAUACGCGGCGCUCAAGAACUACGACCGCUCGCUCUACUUCUUUCAGGUGGCGCUCACCACACCGUCGAUGGCUGUCAGCCAUAUAAUGCUCGAGGCGUACAAGAAGUACGUGUUGGUGGCGCUCAUACUCGAUGGCAAAGUUCCAUCGCUUCCCAAAUACACAUCUCAAGUGGUGAACCGUUUCAUUAAGCCAUUGAGUCAGCCCUACACUGAUUUGGUCUCCGCUUACGCUUCCAAUAACGCCGAAGAACUCACUGCUGUUAUUAACAAAUACACAGAAGUCUUCACUCGAGACACAAACAUAGGUUUAGUGAAACAAUGCGUUUCAUCACUGCACAAGAAAAACAUCCAGAGAUUGACCAAAACUUUUAUGACUCUAUCACUCAACGAUAUGGCAAAUAAGGUUCAGCUCUCGAGUGCAAAACAGGCUGAGAAACACAUUCUCGAUAUGAUAGAAGACGGAGAGAUAUUUGCAUCGAUUGAUCAAAGAGACGGAAUGGUUGUCUUCUUAGACAAUCCCGAGAAAUACAACUCUCCCGUUAUGUACCGCCAGAUCGAAGACGAUAUGAGAAAAUGUAUUCAAUUGGACGACAAACUCAAACAAAUGGAUUAUGAAAUCGCUUUGAAUCCCAAGUAUAUUCAAAAAGUGCGGACAGAAGUGGAGUAAUAUUUGACAUUAAUUUUGUAUUUAUUGACAUUUGUAUCAAAUAUUUAAUUCAAUAAAAUGUCAUUUCAUUAAUUCUAAUAAAUA